GGCGCCGCCGCCAUUUUGUGUGCAGAGCGCGCGGCCGGCUGUCUUCAGCGUCCGCCAGCCUCAGCCUCCCCCGGGACCCGCCGCCGCCGCGAUGCUCUCCGCCCGCGUGGCCGCCGCCCUCGCCCGCUCCCUGCCGCGGCAGGCCGGCCUGGUUUCCAGAAACACCCUUGCUGGUAACGACAGACUGAUCAAGGAGGGGGAUGUUGUGAAGCGGACUGGUGCCAUUGUGGAUGUUCCAGUGGGGGAGGAGCUGCUGGGUCGUGUUGUGGAUGCCCUGGGCAAUCCAAUUGAUGGGAAGGGUGCUAUUGCAUCUAAGACACGUAGGAGAGUUGGCUUGAAGGCCCCUGGGAUCAUUCCCAGGAUCUCUGUGCGUGAGCCCAUGCAGACUGGGAUUAAGGCUGUGGACAGCUUGGUGCCCAUUGGUCGUGGCCAGCGUGAGCUGAUCAUUGGUGACAGGCAGACUGGGAAAACUUCAAUUGCAAUUGACACAAUAAUCAACCAGAAACGAUUCAACGAUGGCACAGAUGAGAAGAAGAAGCUGUACUGUAUCUAUGUUGCAAUUGGCCAGAAGAGAUCCACUGUUGCUCAGCUGGUAAAGAGGCUCACUGAUGCAGAUGCCAUGAAGUACACUAUUGUGGUGUCUGCCACAGCAUCCGAUGCAGCACCCCUGCAGUAUCUGGCUCCCUAUUCAGGCUGCUCCAUGGGGGAAUACUUCAGAGACAACGGGAAGCACGCACUGAUCAUCUAUGAUGACUUGUCCAAACAGGCCGUUGCCUACCGUCAGAUGUCUCUGCUGCUGCGCCGCCCCCCAGGCCGUGAGGCCUACCCGGGUGAUGUGUUCUACCUGCACUCUCGGCUGCUGGAGAGGGCAGCCAAAAUGAACGACUCCUUCGGGGGUGGCUCUCUGACCGCCUUGCCUGUCAUCGAGACUCAGGCUGGGGACGUGUCUGCUUACAUUCCAACCAAUGUCAUCUCCAUCACCGAUGGACAGGUAGGGCUUCCUCACAGCCCAGCAUCUCUGUGGAACUUAGUGAUAAUGAUACAAUUCUAUCCUGCCAGCAAGAUUACAAAGUUUGAGAGUGCUUUCCUAGCUCAUGUACUGAGCCAGCACCAGGACCUGCUCUCCACAAUCAGGACUGAAGGGAAGAUCUCUGACCAGACAGAAGCAAAGUUGAAGGAAAUAGUCACAAAAUUCCUGUCUACUUUUGAGGCAUAAACUCUUAAAAC